AAGACAUUCGCCCCUGACGAAGAAAUGAGUUUAUCUUCAUUCGAUAAGAUACAGGAAGGACAGAAAAUUUUGCAGGCUACAUCUGGUGAUUCAGCCAAUCUGGAUGUCAGACAGAGAGAAUAAUCAACUGGACAAAGAUAUUUCACUCAAUUUUUCUCCAUCGCCAGAAAAUUUUUCCCAGCAGUCGUGCAAAUUUUGUCAUCAGUAUCACAAACUUCCUGAAAAUUUGAAAAGGAAGUUCGAAAACCAGUGCGACGAAAAAUGUUUUAAUCAACUAAAUUCUCGGUGGAUUAAGUUGACGAAAAAUGAAGUACACCAUGAAAACGUCGAAUUUAGCGUUAUUUAUCGGGUAAUUCAGGCUAUAAACGACUUAAUAUUGAAACAAAUUGAGAAGGCCUUACAAUUUGACUGCACAUUGAAAGACUCUAAAUUACAUGAGGAAAUAACAUUCACACCAACAAAAACAACGCAGAUUAAACGAACAGAACCGAUCCAGAAGGGGAAGUUUACAGAAGAGGACCACUUUGAUGAACAGAAGUCGUCAGGAAGUGAGAGCUUUAAGGAUAAGGGAUUCACAAGAAAAGCACGGAGAGAAUAUUCGAGGAGAAGGGGAGAUGAAAGUGGUGUUAGGGAUGUUAGGGAUCAGACCAAGCCGAGCCUGGAGGUGAGCCACACGGUCACCGAGUCCCACCAGCUACUGCACGUCAAGACAAUCAUUGGACUGCUCCAUUCUAUUAUUGACAUCAUUCUCUUUACCAUGUCAGGCUCACUUGUCUUUGACCUGAAUGACGCGGAUAUUUGGAAAGGUUUUACAAAUAGAUGCAAAGAACUAGAGUCUCAGCUUGGAAUUCUAACAAACAAUUUUUUGGAAAAGAAAAUCUCGGAAAAAAUGGCGAGAAAAAAGAAACGUGAAGAGGACGUGCUGGGAUUGAUAGAAUCGCUGGAAAAUCGUCCGACCCGCUCUAAAGUGAAGCGACUCCACAAAGCCACACAGAUCCUGGUGGAAAAUGAGCGACAGAUUGGACUGAUCCAGGGGGAGAUAAUCUUUAUCAAGGACAUCACACUUAUCUCCCAGUCUCUCCGAGACCUCUUCACUUUCAUGGAGGGCGAGUUAUCCAGGAGUGGAAGAAGAGUUUCUAAACAUAGGGCCAUUAAAGGUGAAAAAGAUGAGAGAAGGGUGGCUAUGGAAGUAAAAGAUGACGCCGACAAGAGUCGGGCUAUAGCAACGGAAAAGUCAGGAAUGUCAGAAAAGCCGGGGCCCAGUGGAGAGAAAAAGAUUGGAGAAGAAAAAGUUGGUCAAGCUGAAGGGACAUCAAAAGAUGCAAAAUUAUUAAAGAAAGAUGCUGGCGAAGGGAAAGCAAGGGAGGAAAAACCGUCUGAAAAGGGUGGAAAGGGGGCAUCCGGGGGAGUGGAUGACGUCAAAGAUCAGGUGGUCAAAGCCUUACAGGGGAAAGUGGGAGAGCUGGGUGACCAGUUAGGAGGGCACGUCAAGCAGAUCGGGGGACAAGUCUUCCAGGGUCUGCUCCAGAAAGCCAAGGACAUGACCAAUCUAAAUAUCAACAACGGGACAACCGACACGACCGAUGGUUCCUCCGAGAAUCUGUACGUGGAUUCCACGUGUUACGUCGUCCACAGUGUUUCUAACGACUCAGAUGACAGUGGUAGUCCAGUGCCGGCGGGAAACUCACGAAUCCUCCAUUUAAUGAGAAGCAUGAGAAGAUCCUGUAGACCUAGGUUGAAUGAGGAGAGACGUUCGCCAUACACACGAAGAGUGGAUCAAGACGGCGACAGUCAAUCUACGAAAACCUCCUCAGAGUCUGAAUCGUAUUCAGAUCAGCGGGACAUCAAGCCAUCCAAAGAAUCAGAUUCUGAAGAUACGGGGACUUUUGUAAAACCACGUGUAGGCAAACCACUUCGACGCCAUGCUGAAGUUUCCUAUUCUGUCACAGAUGCCGAGAACACAGGGGAAACUACUAAAAUUAGUGAACCGAAGUUAUCUCCCUGUAUAAAGAAAGGAACCCGAGUAAAAAGUACAAAAUAUUUAGAUGAGAGUGAAGUUUCUUCUUCUGAUACCAAGGUUUUGGACUCCGAAAACAUAGAUGUUACAGAAUCUAGCUCAAAUAUUUCACCACGUCUUAAAAAGGGAAAACAAAGAUUGAGAUGGUGGAGGAACAAUGACACAAAAGACUAUGAGAGUGAUACUUCGCCGUCCUAUGAAUACCAUAGUCGUCCAAAAGCAGGAGGUCAGAAAAUAGAUAUAGGCGGCCCUAAGUUAUCACUUAGAAUAGGAGAUGUUGGGGUCAAAUUUUCGCCUGAAGGACGACUGUUACCUCGUGAGCAACAAGAAAGCAGCACAAGCGAUGAAACAAAUAAUCGAGUAGCUUCUACGUCUAAUGAUGAAGAAAUAAGAGGUGUUUCUGUUCAGAAAAGGACUAAGAGAUCAAAGGGUCAAGACCUUGGGGACGUGACCCCUGAACGUGCUGCCGCUGGAAGUGGAAUGUUCUCUCGCCUAAAAAAGCUGUCAUUUUACGAGAAACCGGAGAUUGAAAACAAAAUGGUAUUUGUGGAGGAAGGUGAUGAUUCAAGCUUGAGUGAUGAUGAGGCGAUUGUGUCUGGUUCCGAUGACGUCAUCGAGUUUGUGACGUCCUCUCGGAGUAGCGAAUCAGACGCAAAGAAAUCGCAGUCAGAUACCAGUGUUUACACAAAACCAGCGUUCUAUGAUAAAUCGGUUGGAUCAGAAAAUAAGGAGACUGUGUCGGAAUCCACUCAAGUAAUCCUCGAGGAACCCAUUGUUAACCGUGUUAAGAGAAUUGCAGAAAAGACCGCCAAAUAUACAUUUUCAGCUAUUUCUAUCGGUUUGGGUUCCUGGUCAAUUCGCUAUUCGUAUAAAUGUUACACUGAGUGCAGGGUUGACUGUUUUGAUAUGUCAAUGUAUGAGAAAUUAUUGGAACUAAGACAUGUAUGAAUUUAGUUUGAACAUGUAUGAUUUUGAGCACUAUAGAACAUAACAGGUCAGAUCUAUUAUUGAAUUCACUCAGGCCUGUAGAAAGUAAAGAAGACGAGACGGUCUGAAUGAUCUGGUAGUAACCUGGAGUCAUCUGGGUCAGGUCAUGAUUUAGAUCUGUAGUUAACUAUUAAAGGGAAAAGCAGUCAUUACAUGGACAAUGAUUUUAUGUGUAUGAAUUAAAUUCAAACAUAGAACAU